AUGGCGUCUACUUCUGAAGUCCCCGCCGACGGAACAGGCGUCCUCCAACUUGACCCGUGGUUGGAACCUCAUCGCGAUGUGCUGAAGCAUCGCUACAGCGUGGUGGAGAAAUGGGCCAACGCCAUCAAUGAGUCCGAAGGUGGAUUGGACAAGUUCAGCAAGGUAGAAUUGAACCUGCACUCGUUGCGAUCAAUUAGCGGCUAUGAAACCUUUGGCCUCAAUGCUCAGCCAAAUGGCGACAUCAAGUACCGGGAAUGGGCACCGAAUGCAGUGGAGGCUUCGCUGGUCGGCGAUUUCAACAACUGGGAUAACGAAGCCAACCCUAUGACCAAGAACAGCUUCGGCGUGUGGGAAGUGACCGUGCCUGCUGUCAAUGGCAGCCCGGCGAUUCCCCACGAGAGCAAGAUCAAGGCAAGUCCGUCCAUUUCUAGAAUUAGACAGAGCUCUCAAGCUAACAUCACCAUGGUUCUCCCCGGCGGCGAGCGCAUCUAUCGCAUUCCUGCAUGGAUCAAGCGGGUCGUGCAGGACCUCGACGUCUCUCCGGUCUACGACGCCGUUUUCUGGAACCCACCCGCCAGCGAUCGAUACACCUUCAAACACCCACGACCCAAGAAGCCCGAGAGUCUUCGUAUCUAUGAGGCACACGUCGGUAUCUCAUCGCCCGAAACCCGGGUCGCCACGUACAAGGAGUUCACCAAGAAUAUGCUCCCGCGUAUCAAGUACCUUGGCUACAAUGCGAUCCAGUUGAUGGCCAUUAUGGAGCACGCCUACUAUGCCAGCUUCGGAUACCAGGUGAACAACUUUUUCGCGGCAAGUAGUCGCUACGGAUCUCCCGAGGAUCUGAAGGAGCUCAUUGAUACUGCUCAUAGUAUGGGGCUGGUGGUACUGCUGGAUGUGGUGCACAGUCACGCGUCGAAGAACGUGCUUGAUGGCCUGAACAUGUUCGAUGGAUCCGAUCAUCUUUAUUUCCACGAGGGUGGAAAGGGUCGCCAUGAGUUGUGGGAUAGUCGCUUGUUUAACUAUGGACAUCAUGAAGUGCUGCGGUUCCUCUUGAGUAACCUGCGCUUCUGGAUGGAUGAGUAUCAGUUUGAUGGUUUCCGAUUUGACGGUGUCACUAGCAUGCUUUACGUGCACCACGGUAUUGGAACAGGCUUCUCCGGUGGUUACCACGAGUACUUCGGCCCCGGUGUCGAUGAGGAGGGCGUCACUUACCUAGCCCUUGCCAACACAAUGCUGCACGAGCUCUACCCCGAGUGUAUCACCGUCGCGGAAGACGUCUCCGGUAUGCCCGCCUUGUGUCUCCCCCACUCCCUUGGAGGCGUCGGCUUCGACUACCGACUAGCCAUGGCCGUACCCGACAUGUACAUCAAGCUGCUGAAAGAAAAGUCCGACAACGAGUGGGACAUUGGCAACCUUGCAUUCACACUGACAAACCGUCGCCACGGCGAAAAGACCAUUGCCUACGCCGAGAGCCACGACCAAGCACUAGUCGGCGACAAAACCCUCAUGAUGUGGCUCUGCGACAAAGAAAUGUACACCCACAUGUCCGUCCUAACAGACUUCACCCCGGUAAUCGAACGCGGCAUGGCCCUCCACAAAAUGAUCCGCCUAGUAACCCACGGCCUCGGCGGCGAAGGCUACCUAAACUUCGAAGGCAACGAAUUCGGGCACCCCGAAUGGCUCGAUUUCCCCCGCGAAGGAAACGGAAAUUCCUUCUGGUACGCCCGCCGCCAACUAAACCUGACAGAAGACCACCUGCUCCGCUACAAAUUCCUCAACGAAUUCGACCGCGCCAUGCAACUCGGCGAAGCCAAGUAUGGAUGGCUGCAUGCGCCGCAGGCGUACGUUAGCUUGAAGAAUGAGAGUGACAAGGUACUCGUCUUUGAGAGGGCGGGGUUGGUGUGGAUCUUCAAUUUCCAUCCUACGGAGAGUUUUACGGAUUAUCGGGUUGGCGUGGAUGUUCCGGGGACGUAUCGGAUUGUGCUUGAUUCGGAUGAUCAGGCGUUUGGGGGGUUGGGGAGGAAUGUUAAGGAGACGAGGUUCUUUACGACUGAUAUGCCGUGGAAUGGGAGGGCGAACUUUACGCAGGUUUAUAUCCCGACGAGGACUGCUUUGGUGAGUUGA